AUGACAGUAGCGAGCUCAGUAGUUCACGAAGUGCUGGGCCGGAGGGCCGAGGACGUAGACCAGCCCAUAAUCGACUACAUCGUUAACGUCCUCGCCGAUGAGGACUUCGAUUUCGGCGACGAUGGAGAAGGCGCUUUCGACGCUCUCGGCGAACUCCUCGUCGGCGCUGGCUGUGUUAGCGACAUUGCUGAGUGUCGCUCGGUUUGUAGUAUAAUAUCCGAAAAGUUUGGCAAGCAUGGGUUGGUUAAAGCUAAACCAACUGUACGGAGCCUUGCAGCACCAGUUAGAAUGGAUGAUGGGAUGGAUGAGGGGGAAGCUCCAAAGAAGAAGGUUGAGGUGGUUGAUGGCCCUUUGUUAACUGAACGUGACCGAGCUAAGAUAGAAAGAAGAAAGAGGAAGGAUGAACGCCAAAGAGAGCAACAAUAUCAGAUACAUUUAGCAGAAAUGGAAGCAGUUAGGGCAGGAAUGCCUGUUGUAUCUGUGAAUCAUGAAAGCAUUGGUGGGCCAAAUGUCAAGGAUAUCCGUCUGGAGAACUUCAAUGUUUCUGUGGGUGGCCGCGAUCUAAUUGUGGAUGGUUCAGUAACACUUUCUUUUGGAAGGCAUUAUGGCCUUGUUGGAAGAAAUGGUACAGGGAAAACAACAUUUCUUAGGCACUUGGCUAUGCAUGCCAUUGAUGGCAUUCCUAAGAACUUCCAAAUAUUGCAUGUGGAGCAAGAAGUGGUGGGUGAUGACACAUCAGCCUUGCAAUGUGUUCUGAACACUGAUGUUGAAAGAACUCAGCUUAUGGAAGAAGAAGCUCGUCUCCUCGCUAAACAGAGAGAACUGGAGUUUGAGGAAUCAACAGAAACGAGCAAUGGGGCAAUUGACAAAGAUGCUAUUGGACGGAGGCUUCAGGAGAUAUACAAAAGGCUUGAGUUCAUAGAUGCUGAUUCCGCAGAGUCACGUGCAGCUUCCAUUCUUGCGGGUCUUAGUUUCUCUCCGGAGAUGCAGCGAAAAGCAACUAAAGCAUUUUCUGGAGGAUGGAGAAUGCGAAUAGCUCUUGCUCGUGCCCUGUUUAUAGAGCCUGAUUUGUUACUACUUGAUGAACCCACGAACCAUCUUGAUCUUCAUGCUGUCCUCUGGCUGGAGACUUACCUGGUGAAGUGGCCGAAAACAUGUAUAGUUGUUUCUCAUGCUAGAGAAUUCUUGAACACGGUGGUCACUGAUAUCCUUCAUCUUCAUGGGCAAAAAUUAAAUGCCUACAAGGGGAACUAUGAUAUAUAUGAGAGGACACGAAUUGAACAGGUCAAGAACCAACAGAAAGCUUUUGAGUCCAACGAACGUUCAAGAGCACAUAUGCAGACUUUUAUUGAUAAGUUCCGUUACAAUGCAAAGAGGGCCGCACUUGUUCAAUCAAGAAUUAAGGCAUUGGACCGGUUGGGACAUGUGGACGAGAUUGUAAAUGACCCUGACUAUAAAUUUGAGUUCCCAACUCCAGACGACAGACCUGGUCCUCCUAUAAUAAGUUUCAGUGAUGCAUCUUUUGGUUAUCCUGGGGGGCCCGUUUUGUUUAAGAAUUUAAAUUUUGGAAUUGACCUUGACAGCCGCAUAGCAAUGGUUGGGCCAAAUGGCAUUGGUAAAUCAACAAUACUCAAGCUAAUUGCAGGGGAGCUACAACCAAUCUCUGGGACAAUUUUCCGUUCGGCUAAGGUUCGGAUUGCUGUAUUCAGUCAGCACCAUGUUGACGGGCUAGAUUUAUCUUCUAAUCCCCUAUUGUAUAUGAUGCGAUGCUACCCGGGAGUGCCUGAACAAAAGCUCCGAUCUCACUUAGGUUCUUUUGGUGUAACUGGAAAUCUAGCACUUCAGCCAAUGUACACUUUAUCUGGUGGUCAAAAGAGCAGAGUUGCUUUUGCCAAGAUAACUUUCAAGAAACCACACAUAAUAUUGCUUGACGAGCCCUCCAAUCAUCUGGACUUGGAUGCUGUGGAGGCACUAAUACAAGGUCUUGUUAUCUUCCAAGGAGGCAUUCUCAUGGUUAGUCACGAUGAGCAUCUUAUCUCUGGAAGUGUGGAUGAGCUGUGGGUGGUAUCAGAGGGUAGGAUAGCACCAUUCCAUGGCUCUUUUGAGGACUACAAGAAGAUACUGCAGUCAUCGUAG